AUGUAUAAAGCAGUUGUUGUUAAAGAAUUUAAAAACGACGAAGCAAUAUUUGUUGAAGAGUUUUCUUUGGAAGAGCUUCGUAAAGGGUUGGAUGAAAAAAAUUUCAUAGUUAAAGUUCAUGCAGCUCCUUUAAAUCCUUUAGAUUAAAACAAGCUAUUAGGAACUAUAUUCACUCUGAAAUGUCCUUUUACUCCUGGAUCUGAGGCAUCAGGUAUUAUUGUUGAAUCUCAUAACAAGGAUUUAAUAGGUAAGAAGGUAGCUGUUUCUGUUUAAACUGGAACAUGGAAAGAAUAUAUAUUAGCAACAGAAGAAAAUUCUAUCUUUUUGAAUGAUGAUGUAGAUUUAGAUUCUGCUUCAUGUGGUUUUGUAAAUCCUUUAACCGCUGUUGGAUUAAUCUAUCAAGCUUAAAAAUACAAUGCAAAAGCUGUUGUAAAUUUAGCUGCUCAGAGUGCAUUAGGAAAAAUGAUAAAUUAUUUGGCAAAAGAUUCUGGAUUAAAUUGCUUAAAUGUGAUUAGGGGAGACGAAAAUAGAAUUCAAUCUAUCAUAAAAGAGUAUUAAAAUGAAAAUGUCAUCAGCACCGACCAAGAUCCUUAAUCUUUUUAGAAAUAAUUCAAAGAACUUGCUGAAAAACUCUCAGCUACAGUUGCAUUUGACCCUGUAGGAGGUUCUUUAACUGGUUAAAUCUUCAAUAAUUUACCUUAAAAUAGUAUCCUGAUUGUUUAUGGAAGUCUUAGCUAAAAAGAUAUUGAAGGAAUUAAUGGUGUUUAAGUUCGUUGGGCAAAUAAAAGACUUGAAGGAUUCACAUUUUAUGGAUGGAUACAAUCUAUUCCUGAGUAAGAUAGAAAAAAAUCAAAAGAGCUUGUUUAAUAAAAGAUGAAUACUCUUUUCAAGACAUAGAUUCAUACUAGUUACGGACUAAACUAACACAAAGAGGCCAUCAGUCUUUUUAGAAAGGUACAAGGAGGCUAGAAAAUUAUCUUUAAAAUGAUUCAUUGA